AAGACUUCAACUGCAAAAACUAGCAAAAACUGAAAACUCUAUCAUUUUCGACUGUAAAAGUGUGGUGGUGUGAUGUUCGUACUUUGGAAAGUUAUUAAUUAAGAUUUUCGAUAAAUUAGUGAAUAAGUGAUCGAGUGAGGGUAAUGUUCCUUACCCUCGAUAAUAUGAGUUGCAAUUUUUGUGUUUUCAAGAUGUGUUGACUUUCUCAAAUCUCAUCUAAAGUGGAAUUUACGUUGUUCUUAAUAUAGAUAUUUCAAGAUGGCUGGAAAGAAAGCAUACUAAUCUUUCGGAUGUAUUCAUUAUGAAAGAAGGAUUUUUCAAAGGAAAACGGUAUUUUGAACGAGACACCGCUAGUGUGACAUGUUCACCCAACCACAGCUAUCGUGUGUGGUGUCAGAGGGAACCGUCCUUACGCAUCAUAAAAAACGCAAACUCGAUCACCAUCACUUUACCUCAUCUGACGUGGUUUCUUCAACGACAUCGACUUACGAAUCUUCUAACUCGAACAAUUCCACUAAUGGUGGUGCCAUAAAUUAUCGGAGACAGAAUGCACACAUCAAAACAAGCCCGUCUAGCGGCAGUCAACAAAGUUUCAUUCGUGCAUCUACCAUCAAGUUAUUAGAUUCUUAUACACGGUGUGGACAAAAGCGAAAAUCUUGUGAAGGUAAUGCAGAGAGAUCUGAAGACAGUUGUAAUACAACUAUUACCACUACAACAAAUCAUAGUAAGGGUACCCAGGCAGGAGCAGGUACCCAGUCGGGAUCUGCUGACGGGGACUAUCAACUGGUGCAGCACGAAGUUCUCUACUCAAUGACAACGCAGUACGAAGUAUUGGAGUUCUUAGGUCGAGGUACAUUUGGUCAGGUUGUAAAAUGUUGGAAGAAAGGUACGAACGAAAUAGUCGCUAUAAAAAUCCUCAAAAAUCAUCCCUCUUACGCUCGUCAAGGACAAAUUGAAGUCAGUAUUCUAUCUCGCUUGAGUCAAGAAAAUGCCGACGAAUUCAACUUUGUACGUGCCUACGAGUGUUUUCAGCACAAGAACCACACGUGUCUUGUGUUUGAGAUGCUCGAACAAAAUUUAUACGAUUUUCUAAAACAGAAUAAAUUCAGUCCUUUACCUUUGAAAUACAUUCGUCCGAUACUGCAACAAGUGCUAACAGCUUUACUAAAAUUGAAGCAACUGGGAUUAAUCCAUGCCGAUUUGAAGCCAGAAAAUAUCAUGUUGGUUGAUCCAGUGCGCCAACCUUAUCGUGUCAAAGUGAUAGAUUUUGGUAGUGCUUCACAUGUUAGCAAAGCUGUUUGUAACACGUAUCUUCAAAGCAGAUAUUAUCGAGCUCCGGAAAUUAUUUUAGGUUUACCGUUUUGCGAAGCAAUUGACAUGUGGUCGUUGGGAUGUGUAGUAGCAGAAUUAUUUUUAGGCUGGCCUUUGUAUCCUGGAUCGUCGGAGUACGAUCAAAUACGUUACAUCAGUCAGACUCAAGGAUUACCAACCGAGCAUAUGUUAAAUAACGCUUCUAAAACAACGAAAUUUUUCUAUAGAGAUAUGGAUAGUACAUAUCCAUUUUGGAGGCUAAAGACGCCGGAAGAACACGAAGCGGAGACGGCGAUUAAAUCGAAGGAAGCUCGAAAAUACAUAUUCAACUGCUUAGACGAUAUUGGUCAGGUUAAUGUUCCUACUGAUCUUGAAGGGGGUGAAUUACUGGCGGAGAAAGCCGAUAGACGCGAAUUCAUCGAUCUUCUAAAACGGAUGCUUACCAUGGACCAGGUGGAACGACGUAUUACACCGGGAGAAGCUUUGAAUCACGCGUUUGUGACGUUAGCCCAUCUGGUGGAUUACGCUCAUUGUAACAACGUGAAAGCUAGCGUUCAAAUGAUGGAGGUUUGCCGCCGCAACGGCUAUGUGAAUAAUUCUAGCGGUAGCUCGCACCAUCAUCAUAGUUCGGCCGGACCACCUCAAGCGGUCGUCGCUAACUUCGUACCGUCUUCGAACGGUAACGUUACGUUGGCGUUUAAUAAUCAGCUAACGAACCAGGUCCCGCGUAUUAUGCGCGAGCGAGCGGUCGCCGCACCACCUCCGGCACCGCCGCCACAUAGUUUCGAUAAUUUGUAUCAGUUGUAUAACAGUCGUACGGUAGCCAGACAGUACGGCGGUAGUGGACGUAGCGAUCCGUUUCAGCAUCAAUUAUCGAUACUGUGUUCCGGUAGCUAUCAAGGUAUGCCAUCUCCCGGCAAACACGUCACCGUGGUCACUCAACAACCGCCGCAGCUACAGAUACAGCCACCUAUACUAUCGCAACAGGUCGGUUUCGUCGACGGCAGCGCGAUCGCCGACUUGUGUACGACUGGUGGAAAUCACCGAUAUAAUCGGCCGGACGGAUUACAGGUGGCUGCUCAACAACAGUAUGUACCCGUAUCGAUGGUAGAGCCGAGUGGUAGACAGAUGUUGGCGGUGCAGACGUCCUGGCCGACGUCGAGCCGACAAAUGACUGCCAUCGUUCCGUCGUGGCAAGGCAUUCCCACCCAGCAUGCCACCAUACAACAGCCGUUAUCUGAAUUGACCGAUUGGGGUAGGCCGUUGUUGGUGGAUUCGUCGGCGUUGAUACAGGAUCAAAGACCCGUCGCAUUCACCACCGAAGUGUACGACGGAUUGGUGGAAAGUCCGAGCACGAUUAGAAGUACCGCAUGGGAAAAACGAUCUAGUGGUGUGUCGAAAUCGUCUCAACAUUUAGCUCCGCCGUCGUCCAUUCCGCACCACCAUCAUCAUCAUUAUCAUCAUCAUUUGACGGUGCCACGAAACAGCGAUAAGAAAGAUACGCAGUUGAGUCCAGUAAAGAAACGCGUCAAGGAAGGUACUCCACCUAAUGAAUGUAUAAGCGGUCGUCGUAAUCGCGGUUCUCCGGUGAUCAGUUCGAAUUUAAAUCAUCAUUGGCAGCAUUCGAAUAGCAACGGAAACUCUUCUUCGCAUCUAAAUACGAUACCUAAUCGUCAGCAAACAAUCACCAUCAACGAUACACCUUCACCAAGUGUUACUGUUAUCACUAUCUCAGAUAGUGAAGACGAUGUUGCGCCUAAAAGUGCACCCCAACCAACUUCGAUGGUACAUUCGAGAAAUUCGCAUAAAUCGCAUCAAAGGAAGAAUGUAAUUUCAUGUGUAAGCGUCGGAGACAGUGACGAAGAUUCGCAACAAAGUCCCAAACAUCAGAAUUACCAAAGCACCAGGGUAACGCCGGUUAUCUACCCUCAUACUCCGAAUAUAGUACAACAUCAACCUACCAUUUGCAUCGGUAGUCCCAAAGUGGAAUCUGGUCGUUACGUACAACACCAUCAACCCCAAAACGGCUCCAUCCAAUACCACCAUUCGAAUUCAUCUCAGAUGUACGUUCCAACCCCAACAGCUUCGAGUCAUAGUGUUAAACACGAACCCCAUCAUAGUUCGACAUAUUCAUCAUCAAUAACGCAAUCUCAGAAAAAGAGAUUACUGGCGAAAGCUCAGAACGAAUUUGUUAUACCAGCUACUACACAUAACGGUUCGGUGGUUACUAAGCAAGAACCUUCGAACGUCACUUCAGAAUUACAGUACUGUAGUGGAGGUUCGUCGUGUAAAGAUCUUUACCACUGCGUCGCUCCCCAAGAGCAGCACAUUGUUUAUGCGACAGAUAAACGCGUGUCGUAUUCGAUUCCGUCGGCUCAUAAAAGAGGCGUUCCAAGUUCAAACGAUACGUAUCAAGUUCAACCUCCAGCUGCCCAUUCGGGUCGUGAACAACAUGUAAUAACCAGUUCGAAAACAUCAGGAUGGCAGCAGCAAGCUUUACCGGUGCAUCAGGGUUACAGCACUUCGCACUUAUCGCCGCAAUCGUUAGCCACGAAUAGGGGCCUAUCACCGUUAGCUGGACAACCGAUUUAUCAUCAAAGUGACUUAUUCCGUAGGCAAGCGGUAUAUGUAACGACAACGCAACCGGCCACCGCGUAUUUACCGGCCGCCCAAGUGCCCGCAGCUUUUACGACUGGACGAGCAAUACCACCUCCAGCUCAUCACGCCAGCGCUCGCCCUCUAUUGACUACUCAUACUUCGCAUCCUUUACCAGCACAUAUGCAGCCUGGAGCUGUAUUCCCGGCUCAUCCACAAGCGGUGGCAGCUACAUACGGGUACCUUAGUCCAAAAACACAGUACCAUCAUCAGCCCUCGGCCGGAUUAUGGUUUACUGAGUGAGAAAAAAAAUUAAUCAUCGAGUGUGUGUAAUUCAUUUAUGAUAUGUAUGGUGUGAGUUGUUAUCAUUGUUAUUUGUACUAUUUUUAUGAUAGUAGCUUGUGAAAGAAGAGAAGUAAGAUUGAUGGAGAUAGUUUAAGUCUAACGUUUAGCGUUCCUCUUAACAAAAUUAUGUUUUUGAAGUAUUUUUGUGUAUGUACUACUAAUUUUCACGUAUGCGUAUUUAUUUUUUGUUGUAUUGAAAAAAAAAAUUGUGAGAAGAAAUUUGUUAAGGUUUCGUACUGAAUGUUAUAGUAAUUAUUUAUUCUUUACUCAACCUAAUUAACUACAUAUAGUUUUGGUGUAAUAAGUUAUAAGAUAACUACCUUGUGUAGAUACUUACUAGUUUGUUUCUUUGUUUGUUUUUUUUCUUGUCGACCCCUCUCUUCCUGUAAUAAUUUUUAUUCUCGAGAACUUUACUUCUUUUUUUAAAUCAGGUGUACGAGAAGGUAUUAGUUUCUUAUAUUUUAUUUAAUUCUACUUACGGUACCUACCUACCUACCUAUAUAAAAUAACUAUUAGAAUAGAGUUAAAUUUUUAAAUUAUUUACCAUUUGAAAUGACAUCGAUAUCGAUUGACGUCGUACCUACACGUGCCGUUUUUGUGAAUUUAUAAUUUUGGAAAACGAAUGUUUGAUUUAUUCGAAAAUUAUGAAGUACCUACUUCAAACGAAUACGAGAUCCUAGUCGUGUGACGUGUUUUAGUGUAAAUUUAGUCGUUAAUUCGUGUUCUCUCGGUAGUUCCCUUCUGUUUUUAUUUCUUUGUUUACUUUUUUCUUCUUUUAUUUUACGUGUGUCGGUGACAUGAGAGAAAAAGUAAUGUGAGAGAAAUUUUAUGUUGAUGGAAUUCUGUUCAAAUGUUAGUUAUCCUUUUUUUUUCUCUUAGAUACGAAUUCGUGUUGUAUUUAGAUCUCUUGCAUUUUUACCAGUUGUACAUAGAAUUUAGCAAUAAGCGAAUUGUACAAAGUUGAUUUUUUUAUUUAACGUUAUCGGAUCAUUUGCACUUAUUUAUUUUGAAAUCUUUUUUAUUAUAUUUUUUUCCUCCUAUAUAAUAUAUAAAAUAUUAUGUAUUUUUUAACCAGUAUUUUCAUUAUAGUAGUCAUUAAUAAUAUUAUUUUAUUGUUGCGAGAUAUUAUUGGAAUUCCUCGGUGAGGUCUGGUCUUCUGUGUAUGUAUAGUUAAGUGCAAAUCGAUCGACUUUUUCUUUUAAUUCUUCGGUGUCGAGUACAUUAAUAGAACCAAAAUUAAGAGGGAUGUGUUUGUUUUACUUAAUUUAUAUGUACCUAAUUUGUUUUUUCGGAUUGAUUCUUGAAUUUUAUUUUUAUACAUAUUUUACCUUUAUUAACGGAUAAUUUUUUUUAUCAUUUUAGACGAAAAGAGAGAAUUUUUAGAGAAAAGUAGUCAUUAUAUUUUUGUGAUUUACAGCAUUUUCUGUGUUUUUACUAUUGUGUGAACCAAGAUAUAUUUAUUAAUUUUUAAAAAUUUGAAAUUUUACGUUAAUAUUUUUUUUUUCAAUUUCGUGGCUUAUUCACGUAUAUAUAAUAUAUUCGAGUUGUUUUUUUAUUAUAGCGUUUGAUUGUAGCUUUAUACAUAUUAAUUUGGUCAAUUAACUGCAGUUUUCUUUUUCUAAACGAGUGUUUUCGCCUAUGCAGGUUUUUUUUCUCUUUUUAUGGCUAUUUGUAACGAAUUAUUUUUUCGUGUUUUUUCUUCGUAAUCAAUGAAUAGGCUGACUAAAUCAGGAAUAUGUUUUCGCUUUGUGAUAAUUGGCACUUAAUAAGUCGUUUAUAUACUUUUAUAUUGUAAAUACUACGGUUGUGUUAGCAGUUGUAAAUGUGUGCGCUAGAAUUCUGUGUUGACUUCGUGUUUUUUUUUCGUUUCGUUUAGUUUCGUUUCGUUUCAUUUUCCUUACCUCCUAUGCUAACGGUUUGGUUUUUAUUUAUAUUUUAAUUUAUCGUAGAAAGGAGUUUCGUAAUGAAGUAUAACUUUGUUAAAUUACGAUGUUGCGAUUAAAUCGUCUCGAAAUUAGGAUUGGACGUAAUGAAAAUGAUGAAUGUGCCUCGAUGGCUCAAAAUUUCGUGUCUCUCUCUCUCUCGCUCUGAAAUUUUAACGUAAAUUUAAUGUACGAGAAACAAACGAAACUGGAUGUUCUCUUUGUGGAUCGUAUAUACUUUAUUUAUUCAUUUAUUUAUUUAUUCGUUGUAUAAGAAAUAAGAUUGUGGAGUUUAGGAUGAGUUUUUUUUGCUAUUUUGUACGUAAAUGACUUCCGUUAAGUGUAAAUUUUAGAGUAAUUUGUUUAGUUCCUACCUCGCAUUCCCCCUUGCUACAUUUUACACAAUUUUUGGUACAAAUAUCGAGAGUAUUACAGAAUUCAAAUGGCUUCCUGGUACCUCCUAAGAGUGUUGUAUCGUCUGAUCAAUAUUCGAUUAUCGUUCGUAUCCCGAAUGAAAAUUCCUCGAUCAUUUUGUUACGUAGUGAGAGGCAAAUUCAGGGAUUUUUUUUCUCGUAAAUUUUUUUAGACUGAAGCAGUGCUUAGUACGAGUAUAGUACAAAGGUUUAAAUAUUUAACAUAGUAGCGAAUGGUUUUGGAAAUUUUUAACCAGGGAGUACGAAAUCGUCGUUAAUUUAACGAAGUUAUUUUUUACAGGGUAACGUAUCUGAACAAAGGAGGAAGGACAGGGUUUAAGCUUGUGUGAGUGCAAAAUUACGGUAAAUUAUUCAGUAUCGUUCUUCCUCUUUCAUUAGUAAUUAUGAGCUUAUUUUUCAGUGAUAUACUAAUUUAUAAGUUGAUUAAUCAUUGGUUUAGCGGCGUGACGUGUGAAUUUUGGCUUUAAAAAAAAAUUUAAAAGAUAUUUAUAUUUUACGUAAAAAAUCGUAGUUAGGCAGUUUUUUUAUUCUAAUCGUUGUAUCUUUUUUUUUGUUCUGAAACGAGAAGUUAGUUUGCGUAGUACACAUAUCAGUGUAAAGAAAAAAUCCCUGUAAUGGUGUAAAUAUUUUCAUCGUAUGUUUUUUUUCUGUUUUCUUUGAAAAGCAACGUGACGUGUAGCUAAGAUGAAAUAUUUAUCAUCAUUAUACUACUAUUAUAAAAGAUACUAUAAAUUCUAAUUUUACCGUAUUAUUUAAGAAUAUUAAAUCAUGGAUGUGUAAAUUAUUGUUGGUAAUAAAAACAAUAUAUGCUAUGUAUUUUUAAAAAAAAUGGUUUAGUACAUAGCUUUAUAAUAUUGAGGAAUUUAAACAAAAUAGUUUGUAAAGUGUUUGAUGGAGUUUUUUUCUCUUUUUAACUGGCUUUCAUUAUAAAUAGUUUAUUCCAAACGUAAGCUUUUCUCUAUGUAGUUUCUCUUCUUGGUUAUUGGAACGUAUCUUUAUAAUAGAAAUACGUAGCACGUAAAUAUUAAAAGGUUUAAAGGAAUAUUUUAUAUCGUCCGGUGAAUGAAUCAACUUCGACCAAAGUUUUUUUCCCCUAAGUACCUCUACCUAACUAGUUCAUCUAGUGGAAGCAGAUUACCAUGAAAAAAAAAUGUCCGUUGGCAUUUAUUUUUUUUUUAUAUUCGAUGAAUAUAACUUCUUGUCCUUUGAAUCGGUUUUUUUAAUUCAAUUUUCUUGUAUAAAAAAUAUUCGAAUUUGAAUUCAUAUUUUCUUUUGAAAAGAUUUCUCGAGUCGAGGAGUGAUUUUAAAAUCAAAAUUCAACUUGCAUCCACUUACAUAGAUUUUUUUUAUUAAAAAAAAAAACAGAUAUCAUAUUUUUGUGCACCUGUGAUAUUAGAAUAUUUAGAGAAAUCGAUUUGGCUUCAUUUGUUUGUUUUUUUUUGUUUUUUUAAACUCAUCUGGUUUAUUUAAUUUAUUUACUACGUAAUCAAGUACAAGUUGAAAUUUUUAUUAUUAAACCGGUUUUGAAAGUUUUCAUUUACUCUUUUGACUACAUAUUAUGUUUUUAUAUAUCGACCAUUUUAUUAUAAUUGGUAUAAUGUUGCAUUAUUUAUAUUCAUUGUAACUAUUUUAUAAUCCUUUGUACCGUCUAUCCGUUUUCAUGCAUUCUAACGAUUAUAAUUACGUAGCUACUUUUAAUGUGUUAGUAGGGAUUUUAGGGGUUUAUUAAUAUACAUAAACGAAAUAAAGAUAAAUGCACUGCAUAGUUA